AUGCAGCUGCAAGCCAUCGUCACUCUUUUAUCCCUUCUCGGUGCUGCUAAUGCCACCCCCGAACAUCACAUUCGUCUCGGAAAGAGACAGAAUGCUGGCGCUGUCGUUGCCAGUAGUUCGAGUUCCUCAUCAUCUGGUGCCCCGACAACGAGCUUUACAUCGGCUACAUUGACCUCGAAUUCACCCGUUCCGACUACACCUGUUGGCACCACUAUUCCACCACUUGUUAAUAUCACUUCGGGCAUGGCGACCCCUUCGACCGUCCCCCUCUCUGCUACAUAUUCCGCAGGCGCUACACCUUUAAUUUCCGGUGCUCCGGUUUUGCCUACGCCAUGUAAGCUUUCUUACCGAUCUGCAAGCUGGCCUACUCAGGACCAGAUUGCACCUACUAAUUCGUCGGAGGUCUCCCAAUGGAUGGAAGAACUCGAUGGUUUCAAUAUCCCCGAUAUCACUCCGACUGUAGAUGGCACCUGCGCCAACGACCCGGCUGCCGCCGCGCAAGCUGCUAGUCGUGGUUGGUGGACUUGCGGUGGCUUUACCCGUGUUACUGAUAUCACUGCUUGUCCGAGCAAGCUGACAUGGGGUGUCAGUUUUGACGAUGGUCCAGGUUUCUACAGUAUGGAGCUUCUUGACUACUUGGCUUCUAAGAAGUUAACCUCGACGUUCUUCGUUAUUGGUUCUCGUAUCGUCGAGCGUCCCCAGGUUCUUGUCGAGGAGUAUAUGGCUGGGCACGAAAUCGCUGUCCACACCUGGUCGCAUCGCCCUCUUACCAUGCUUACUACCGCACAAGUCGUAGCUGAGCUUGGUUGGGCACGUAAAGCUAUCAAGGACGUCAUUGGUGUUACUCCCACAUUGAUGCGUCCCCCUUACGGUGACAUUGACGAUCGUGUUCGUGCCAUUUCCCUGGCAAUGGGUAUGGUCCCCGUCAUCUGGACUAGCACUGGUACUGGUGCAACUUUUGAUACCAACGACUGGAAGGUUCCUGGCGGUGUGGUUACAGGUCCUCAGUCCUUCGCCACUUUUGAGUCUAUUCUAACUAACGCAACUAUGCUGAACACUGGAUUUGUUGUUCUUGAGCACGACUUAUACGCACAAACCGUUGAUCUUGCCAUUGGCUACACGCUGCCUGCUGCUAUGAACUUUACCCCCGCACUUACUUUCGACUCGAUUGGUCACUGCAAUGGCAUCCCAAGCACGAACCUGUACCGCGAGAGCAAUACAAACACGAGCUUUCCCUACCCGAACAGCACUAGUGGUGACUCGUCCGUCCCCAGCGGCUCAGGCGGGCAGGGUAACAGCACCAAGACUUCUGGUGCUCUAUCGGAUGUCAUAAUGCCUAUAUCUAUGGUUGUCGCUUCAUUAUUGGCUGCUGGCGGCUCCCUCCUUAUGUGA